UGCCAGUCAACAAACACCAAAUAAGAAUUGACGCGUAAAUAAACGAUGGCUAGCUAGCCAGCUAGUUACAAAUAAUGUGAUACCUAUCUUCUUAGAGUUUACAUUUCGGUCAACGUAGGGAUUUUGGUAUUUUGCAUUAUCAAGUAGCUAAGCAACCAUCCUGUAUGAAAGCAGUCACGAUUGGAGUCACAAUUCCUGGACAAGUAACGUUAACGUUAAGUAGAUUGCUAUUUGGCUGCUGGAAGAUGAUAUCCCAGGUGUUCAUAUUGUCCUCCAAAGGAGAUCACCUCAUCUACAAAGACUUCCGUGGUGAAGCUGGAAAAGAUGCUGUCAACAAAUUCUAUGAGAUGGUCACUGCAUUGACUGGUGACCAGCCUCCAGUUGUAAUGAAACACAAGGAGCUGCAUUUUGUUCACAUCAGACAGGGAGGGCUCUAUUGGGUUGCCACGACGAAAGCUGAUGCCUCUCCCUUCACCAUCAUCGAGUUCCUAAAUAGAUUAACAGCCUUGGUUAAGGACUACUGUGGUUGUCUGUCAGAGAAGUCUGUCCAGAUGAACUUUGCUCUCAUUUAUGAGCUGUUGGAUGAGGUAGUGGACUUUGGUUACAUCCAGACGACCUCUACUGAUAUCUUGAAGAACUUCAUCCAGACUGAGGCGGUCAGCUCCAAACCCUUCAGCUUGUUUGACCUCAGUAACGUGGGGCUGUUUGGAGCAGACACCCAGCAGAAUAAAGUGGCCCCCAGUGCAGCUGCCACACGGCCCAUCGUGUCAAGUCAAGGAGAACAGGGAGGCAAAAACGAGAUAUUUGUGGAUGUGAUUGAAAGGAUGUCUGUAGUCAUUGGUGCCAAUGGAGUUCUGAUGAAGGCAGACAUUGAGGGAGAGAUCAGAGUGAAGUGUUACAUGCCAAGUUGCUCAGAGAUGCGGAUUGGACUGAAUGAAGAGUUCAGCAUAGGAAAGUCCCAGCUGAGCGGUUAUGGGGCAGCUGUUCGUGUGGAUGAGUGCAGCUUCCACCAGGCUGUCAGGCUGGAUGAGUUUGACACCUACAGAAUCCUGAAAGUGUGUCCCAGCCAAGGAGAGCAAACAGUGAUGCAAUACCAGUUGUGUGAUGACCUGCCCACAGCCCCUCCAUUCCGUCUAUUCCCUUCUAUAGAGAGGGACAGUGGUGGCAGGUUGUUGAUGUACCUGAAGCUGCGGUGCGACCUGCCCCCAAAGAGCGCUGCUAUUAAUGUUUCUAUUACAAUACCGGUACCCAAGGGCUCGCUUCGUCUCUCUCAGGAGUUGAGCAGCCCGGACCAGAGUGCUGAGCUGCAGCCAAAAAACAAGGCUGUCCAUUGGGAGAUCCCUCGCUUCCCUGGGGGAGCCCAGCUCUCCGCCCUGUUCAAGCUGGAGGUCUCUGGCCUUAGCUCUGCCUCGUUACAGGAAGUGGGACCGGUCAGUCUGAGCUUUGAGCUGCCGAAGUACACCUGCACAGGACUGCAAAUUAGAUUCCUCCGCCUGUCCCCGAUACAGCCUGGACCGUCGCAACGCUGGGUCCGCUAUGUAACCCAUUCAGACUCGUAUACCAUCCGUAUCUGAUACGGACAUACAGUACACACACACACCAUUGAUCAGUCAGACUCUGGCUUACUCUCAAUGCAGAUGUGAACCCUGAUCUUGACUGCCUGAAAACGUCAAGGGACUUUUGUAUCAAAUGUUUAUUCUGUAUAUGGUGGAGUGACCCAAUACAAAUCUACUACAUCAAAAAGUUACCCAUACAUUUCACUAUUGUCAUUAUAUUAUGUCAUAUGGGAAAUCAUUCAGGAAAGUCUAUGAAUGUGCAUAAAAACAUAUUCAGCACUUUUGAGUUUCUGUAAUGCAGGGAUAAUCCGGAUCAAUAUACAAAUAACCAGGACCAGCCCCUGGAGGUCUGCAGAGGUACUGCAGGGGAUCCACAGCUAGAUAAAAAGUAUGUGUAUAUAUACAGUACCAGUCAAAACACCUACUCAUUCAAGGGUUUUUCUUUAUUUUAACUAUUUUCUACAUUGUAGAAUAAUAGUGAUGACCUCA